AUGUCUCUCCGCGUCGACGACCCACGGUCGCGAGGCCGUUCCAAGUCUCCCAGCGGCCGUACCCGUGAUCGUUCCACGUCUCGCGACCCCCGUCUGCCUUCCCCUGGCCCGGAGCCCUCACGAAGGAGCGCAUAUCUAUCUGCCGACCCCGCGGGCGAGAAAGUGCGGACAAGGUCCAGAAGUCGCGGAGCCAGUCCUCUCCCCAGCUCUAGGAAAUCUAACCGCUACGACUCGGAUUCGGAGCACGACGCAAGAGAUUAUGCGCGCCGCCGAUCCGAUCGAGAUUACUACUACCAUUCCGACUCGGAUGAUAGCAGGGGCGCGUCGAAACGGAGUAGCCAGCGAUAUUCCCAGCCGCCGCCCCAGCGGAGAUCUGGGCAAAUUUCCCGAUACCCGGAUGAGGACGAUAUAUAUUCUUCGGACGAUGACCUGGCCUAUGGCGAUGGCCCUGGAGGAUUGGAUCGUGGAUAUUAUGGACGCAAGAGUAGCUCCAUCAUUUCGGCGCCUCCUCCGCUCAUGACCGGAGCGCUUAACAACCCAGGCGCCGGUCCAAGGAGCAGCGCGGAGACAGUGAGCGGCUACUCCAGAUAUGGCGCGGGUCAAUCUGCGUAUUCAGGACCUCCCCAUACUCAACCAAGCUGGGCACCCGUUCCCGACUGUGAAAAGCCGGGUUUUGUGCCGCCGACAUCUCAAGGAGACUCUAUGCCGGGGGCGUUUCCAGCCGCGACGUCUGGCCCACCACCUACCGCACAGUAUAUGAGCCCAGACUCUGCGCACAGCCCUUACGCUCCCUGGAAUGCGCCACCAGCGACAUCUGGUGCUCCGUACGCACCUCCAGUUACCACUGCGAGCCACCAACGCAACCCGUCGGGCGACCCUAAUCUAUACGCCAACCCACCAACGUACCAGUAUGCGCAAAUUGACCCUAAUGUCCGGUAUUCAACCAAACCCACCACUGGCUCCACGUAUUCGUCUCAUCCCAGGACGGAGCCUUUGCCAAGUGGAGUCAGAUACUCUGCAACUCCUCAGUACCCGAGCAGCUCGACAAGCGGCGCCGAUAGAGGGCCACAAUACGUCGAGGUUGUACCGGGAAGUCGCACUUCUGGUCGUCCCAGCAGCCUCAGCGUCUCUACAGGAAACAGCCUGGGCGUUGGGGGAGGCCAUGGUUCUAGCCACCCGCCUGCUAGCCCGCUGCUGGAAGCAUACAAGGGCACAUAUCAAAGCAUAUCCCCCAUGCCCUCGCCGAUUCUCAUAGCACCCAGAGAUGAUGAUGUCUCAGAUCUUGAGCCACUGGACAAUAGCACGGAUAGCGAGCGACGGCGGACGCGGAAGUCCAAGAAGUCCAAAGACGAAGGCGGCCUCAAGGAACCAAAGAGCUCUAAACGAGGCAGCAGCCGCGUCCGACACGAGCGCCACGAUUCAAAAGAUGCCAGAGGCUCCGAUAAUAUGCUCGUAAUAUCCCCUAGCAGUUCGAGACGAAAGGUAUCAUUCUACGAUGCUACCGAUGACGCGCUUGCUUUGCGCGAUGCUCUAUCCCACUCGCGUAAUAUCGAUACAAAAACACUGACCCACGUGCUGCCUCACUUGACGAACCACGAGAUGCUGGACCUCCGAAAGGAAUACAAGAAUCAUGUAAAAAUCCACGGGAAGGGGGUCAACCUAGCCAAGCAUAUCCGCCUCAAGCUCGGCAACAGCGCCUUUGGAAAAGUGUGCUAUGCAACCGCACUCGGCCGUUGGGAAUCGGAAGCAUUCUGGGCCAACUGUUACUAUCAAUCGGGGUCAUCUAGACGCGAACUCCUAAUCGAGUCCCUGUUCGGCCGCAGCAACGGCGAGAUGCGCGAGAUCAAAGAAACCUUCAGGGACUCGCGGUACACCGACAGCUUGGAGAAAUGCAUGAAGGCCGAGCUGAAAGCAGAUAAAUUCCGCACGGCCGUCCUCCUAGCCCUCGAAGAGGGUCGACAGAGCGAGCGCGAUUCCGUCGACAGCGACCUAGUUUCCCGGGAUAUCCAAGCCCUACACGCAGCGCUCGUUUCGCGAAACGGCGGCGAAACAGCAAUGAUAUACAUCAUUGUCCGCCGGAGUGACUCGCACCUGCGUGAAGUCCUGCGAGCUUACGAGAAGAUCUACCAGCGGAACUUUGCGCGUGACAUGAUCCAGAAAUCUCAAAAUCUUGUCGGCGAAACCCUUGCACAUAUCCUCAACGGGGCCAUCAACCGGCCCAUGCGCGACGCACUGCUUCUCCACCAGGCUCUCCAUGAAUCCCGCUCCGGUAAAGAGAGGUCAGAGCUUUUAAUCUCCCGACUUGUCCGUCUCCAUUGGGAACCUCGGCACCUCGAAAAUGUGAAGGUCGAGUACCGUCGCCGGUAUGGUGAGCGACUAGAGGAGUCGAUCGCAGAGGAAAUUUUACCGUCUACCGGUGGGAGUGACUGGGGUGAGUUUUGUAUUCAGUUGGCGCAGAGCUCGAAGACGCAUGCUGCGAAGGGCUGA